AGUGGUGUGUUCGCUGUCAGGAAGAGAAGUGGGUUUCCUCUGUUUGGAUGAGCAGCAUCAAGCCGGACUCUUCACAUCUACAGGCGAGAGUUCAGUUGGAGGGCCAAGCUUUAUAUUUCUCACCUGAGUUCAUCUAAAAUGGAAGAUGUCUCUAAGCCUCCGUCACCUUCAGCUGCAGAGGCUCAGUAUGACCAAGAACCGAUGCCAGACCAGAAUCCAAAGAGUCUUGGAGAUGAUCAGGACCAGAAAUGUUGGCUGGUAAAUCCAGAGGAAGAUAAUAUUUGUGACAAAGUGCUUGAAGAGCAUGAUCCUCAUCUGGAUCAUGAACCAGAGGUCCAGACAGAAGACAGAUGUCCAACACAGACUUAUGAAGAAAACUCAUCAGGACAGUCAGAGUUCAGUCCAGUUGCAGAGGAGAAGAUCCAGGACUGCAUGGACGAAGCCAUUGGUGUGUAUCAGAACCGAUCAGGACCGGACCUGACGGCUGCUCCGACCAAUCAGGAUGAAGCUGGGGAGUCAGGUGGCGGUGUGUUGGCGCUGGUGGUCACUGAGGCGGAUCAGGCUUGUCGAUCAGCAGCAGUUCCUCAGAGAGCAGCAAGGCCUCCGGACCUGGUGAUCCCUGCAGCCAUUAGUGUGAGCAAUCUGAUCUCUGGCGGCGAUGGAGGAGACGCAAACUUCUGUGACCUCCCGUCUCCAAGGAGCGAUUCCUGCUCUGUGACCAGCGAGCUGAACAUCUCCAGGAGGAGUGAAGAGGACGAUACGAGGAGUGUCACUGCUUCGUCUGUCAUGGGGUGAACCCUGCAGUGUAAAUGUUUGCUGAGCAUCGUUUAGCCGCCGGCUUCCAAACAAGCUGCCCCCAAACCGUUCCCAUGACGAUACCCCGUAAUCACCGGCGUCUGGGACGCAGGCCGGCUGCUCAUUGGCUGCGACAGCCUCCCACUGCUGUCAGACUGGAACCAGCAGGGUAACUGGAAAUGAGCGGAGGUCGGCUCUGGAACCUGCUGCUGUUCAGUCAGAGAGCCGACUGCUUCUGUUACCUCACUGCAAAAACACAAAGUAUUACCAAGUAUUUUCAUAUAGCUUAUACUGCAAUAUUCCUUAGUUUUGUCUUAUUUCAAGUAUACUACCUUACUUCCAGCAAGAAUAGGAGCUCUUUAAGUCAAUAAUUCAUUAAUACUGAUGAAAAGGUAUU